GAACGCCACCGUGGCAAUUCGGCGCUUUCAACUCGCACCGCCUGCCGAAACUUUUCAAUGACAGUGACAAUUGUUGACAGCCAUUUAACAUUUGCGCAAAUAAACUAGUAGAAAAGUGCAAAUAACAGCCGCAUAGCAGCAUAAUAUCAAACGUUUUAAGACACAUAAUCGGGCUUGUUAACUGUAAUGUGGAUUAAUAAACCAAAAAAUUAGUUAUAUUUCAUUAUUAUGAUGCGUGGCUUUACUAAGUCGGAGGAAAAACAACAAUAGUAACAAGCAGUCACUAAUUCUUGUUGAUUUUUCACCAAAACAAGUGUCUUAUUUACCCAUAUGGAAAUGUAGUACAACAAUCUUCUGCGGCAUUUUAUCUGCAAAUUAACUGAGUUUCUGUCUGCUUAUCAGCCGAAUUUGUCGCAAAAACAAAUACUAUUAAUAUUCAUAUACAUACAUACAUACAUAUAUGCAUAUGUACAUACCUAUAUAUGUAUGAAGGGAAAAAGUGUAUGAUUUCAACGUACUUCUUAGUGAAAGACCUAAAUUAAUCGUACAACACGUAUCAGUUAGUUGCCAUUUACUAACGGUCCUACUACAAUCAGUCGCAAGAGCAACUCGUCAGCGAUAUUACAGUAAUGAGCGCAAAGCUAACUCUAGUCCCCAGCCUAUUGCUGCUGAUACUGCUCAAUGGCAUCCAUGGAGGACUUGCGCUCUUUGAGGGCUGCGACAAUACAUUCACAGUUAAUCCAGGCGUCUCCUAUCUGGAAUCACCCUAUUAUCCCAGUGACUAUCCUACGGGAACAUCAUGUCGCUACCAGUUCAUAGCACCAACUGAUUACUACAUACAAGUGAACUGUACCGUCGACCUGCCAAUUAAUGGCAGUAAUUGUGACACAGAAUACUUUUAUGUCAGCACCGAAGGCGAUCCACAACUGCGCGAUUCGGAGCUAUUUUGUGGUGUAGGCUCAUUCGUGAGGGAUUCCCUAUUCAGGAGAGUGGCCAUUGCCUAUGUAUCUAAGGGUUCCACAGGCAAUUUCCGCUGCACGCUAACAACUCAACCGCAGUCAUGCGAUUGUGGCUGGUCGAUAACAACGAAAAUCGCGAAUGGAGAAGCAGCGGGCCAAAAUGAGUUCCCAUUCAUGGCGGCAUUGAAGGAUACGACAUCGAGUAGUGCCGCUUUUUGCGGUGCUACAAUAAUUUCACAUCGCUUUCUAUUAACUGCUACACAUUGUACUAUAGUACAACCAAAUGCUACUAAUAUUAGAGCGCUUGUUGGUUUCAAUCAGUUAUCUACAGCGAGCUCAUCUCAAUAUUAUGCUUCAUAUGCAAUUCAAAGCAUCAUACAAUACCCUGGCUAUACCGAUAAUCCACCCGUAAAUGACAUUAGUCUACUACAAACCGCUACAAAUAUUGAAUGGUGGAGGGGCGUGGGCCCGAUUUGUCUACCACCAUCCUCAUUAACGACUUUUGUUUACAACUACGUUGACGUCGCCGGUUGGGGCACACAAAGUUUUGCCGGUCCGACUAGCGACGCGCUGAUGAAAGCCAACCUGAUGGUAAUUUCCAACUCCGUGUGCCAAGAGAGUUACGACGUUACGAUUUAUUCUUCACAAAUCUGCACAAAUGACUAUGCGGGCGCUGGUCGCGAUGCCUGCCAAUUUGACUCGGGUGGUCCAGUUAUUUUGCGUGGCUCGCGUCUCUUUCUAGUAGGCUGUAUUAGCUAUGGACAGGCUUGCGGUCAGACAUACGGUACUGGCGUGAACACACGCAUAACUUACUACUUGAAUUGGAUACGUCAACAGACGGGCUAUACGACGUGCGUUAAGCAACUGGGUUAAUACUCGUACCGUUGAACUAUGACUGUGUGCUUAUUUGUUGUUAUUUAGCUGUGCUGUAAAUAAAAAUCUGUCUGUCAGUA